GACCCUAGGUUAUAUCGAUGUUCAGUCCUCUUUUCUGCCUCUCUUCAGUCUUCACAGCUCAGUGACUCAGUCUUCUCGAACUCAAAGUCUUCACUCUUCAUCUCAGUCCGACCAAGCUUCCGCCUUUCGUCUUCACUCUUUAUCUCAGUCCUCUCGAAGUCUCAAGCCAGUGAACUCCAAGUUCACUCGAAGUAGAAAACUAAUCUCGAAGUCUCAACUCUCAAGUUUUCACAUUCAAUUUCCAAUCAAGAGCAAACGACGCAAAACCCUAAUAGAUGAUGAAAAACGAGACAGAGACAGUGAAUGAACUUCAAAUUGUUGAAAAAGUUGGUGAAAGUAAUGCUUCAACUAAUUCAGAUUCAACAACCAACAACAGUGAAUCUGAACCUGGUUCGAAGAAAAGAAAAAUGGUUAAAGAAAGAUCAAUAGCUUGGCGCUACUUCAACAAGUUCACUGAUGCCGAGGGUGUGAAAAAAGCGAGAUGCAAGUUUUGUUUAGAAGAAUAUGUAGUUGAUACCAAGAAUAGCGGCACAAGCAAUUUGUUAUUGCAUAUUCCCAAAUGUCCGACCAAUCCCUACAAGGCAGAAGGUAGCCAGACAACAUUAGAUUUUCAACUGCAAGGUCUAACAGAUUUAAAGAAGCAUAAGAAAUGUGGCGGAGUUGAUUCUAAAACGGAGUUAGAUAAAUAUUUGGGUGAAGAUGUUGAGGAAGACCAUGAAAAAUUUAACAUUCUGGGGUGGUGGAAGUUGAACUCACCUAGAUUUCCCACUCUUGUUGAGAUGGCACGUGAUGUGCUAGCCAUUCCGAUUUCUAGUGUUGCCUCAGAAUCAGCCUUUAGCACCGGCGGAUGCAUACUUAAUCCAUUUAGGAGUUCAUUGACUCCUAGAUUGGUUCAAGCUCUUGUGUGUGUCCAAGAUUGGCUUCAUAAUGAAUCAACAACUUCGGUUAAAAUUGAAGAAGAUUUAGAUAAUCUUGAACAACUUGAAGCUGAAUUUAUGAAUACGGGAAGAGAGCCUUGCAUUGUCGACAUAUAGUGAUUUUCCAUUUGUUGUACAAGCUCAGAUUUUUAACUUGUCUCACAGUCCUACUGAGAGUCUGAGAUUGAGAGCUACAUUUGGCCUGGUUGCUGGUUUGUGUUGACUAUUGUGGCUGCCCAAAAGUUGGAACUUGGAACUCUUUUGUUUUGUGUAAUAUGUUAAAGAACUAUUGGGACUUUAGUAGUUUGGUUUGUUUUAUUUUGCUAUGACAAUAUGGUUUGAAAGAGAAUUGAUUGUGUUUUGUU